CUCGCGGCCGGAGAGGCAGUCCUUAGGCAGCUCUUCCCAAGCCCAGCAGUUCGCUGCGUCUGGAGGAGCUCUCUGGAGAAUCUCCAACCUCGGAGCAGGCCUUCAACUACCAUCCUACUAUCUUUUAAGAAGCAAAGCCUUCAAGACUCAGAGUACACAUCUUGCACCAGAGGCCCCACAGCCCUGAACAGGAAAUGAUGCUCCGGACCUUCAAUCUAUUGCUCGGUUGCGUUUGGCUCAGUCUGGGUAUGGCCUCAAUGGCAGUGGAGCCUGAACCAGAGCUGUGGAUGGAAUCCAACCACCCCCAUGCCCCCUGGAAGAACAUGACACUUCAAUGCAGAAGCCCCUUUCGGGUGUCCAGCAAGUUCCUGCUGAUGAAAGAUAACACACAGAUUACCUGGAUUCGUCCUCCUUACAAGACCUUCCAAGUGUCAUUCUUCAUAGGGGCCCUUACUGAGUCUACUAUAGGUGUUUAUCGAUGCAGCUACUGGAAGGAGAAAGGCUGGUCAAAGCCCAGUAAGAUUCUAGAGUUGGAAUCACCAGACCAACUUCCUAAACCCAUCUUCUGGAUCCAGGCAGAGACGCCUCCUCUUCCUGGAUGCAAUGUUAACGUCCUCUGCAAUGGAUGGCUUCAGGAUUUGGUAUUUAUGCUGUUUAAAGAGGGACACACAGAGCCCGUAGAUGACCAAGUCCCAACUGGGACAAUGGCCAUAUUCUCCAUUGACAACUUGGCACCUGAGAAUGAUGGGGUUUACAUCUUCCGCACUCACGUCCAGAUGCUCCCCACUCUGUGGUCAGAGCCCAGCAACCCCCUGAAGUUGGUGGUGGCAGGUCUCUACCCCAAACCAACUCUGACAGCCCAUCCUGGGCCCAUCCUGGCACCUGGAGAAAGCCUGAGUCUCAGGUGCCAAGGGCCAAUAUAUGGAAUGACGUUUGUUUUAUUGAGGUUGGAAGGCUUGAAGAAAUAUUCUUACUACAAGAAGCCAGUAAAAAAUGAGGCGUAUUUCUACUUCAAGUCUCUGAAGACCCAGGAUACAGGGCAUUACCUCUGUCUUUACUAUGAUGCGUCCUACAGAGGCUCACUGUUUAGUGAUAUCCUGAAAGUUUGGGUGACUGACACUUUUCCCAAGACCUGGCUACUUGUUCAACCCAGUCCUGUGAUUCAAAUGGGUCAAAACGUAAGCCUGAACUGUCAAGGACUGAUGGAUGGAGUGGGGCUUGCCCUCUAUAAGAAGGGAGAAGAAAGACCCCUUCAGUUUCUGGAUGGCACCAGCAACGAUGGCAACAGUUCAUUCUUACUCAAGAAUGUGACCUCCAAGGAUGCUGGCAUCUAUAGCUGCCAGUAUUUCCUAAACUGGAAGACGUCCAUUAAGAUGGAAACAUACAAUACUGUGGAGCUGAUGGUUGUAGCUUGGCCCAGUUCUGUUUUCAAAAUGGGAAAGACAAUCACCUUUCAGUGCCGAGUAUCUCAUCCAGUACUCGAAUUUGCUCUGGAAUGGGAAGAAAAAACAACAUUCCAAAAAUUCUCAGUAGACGAAGACUUCAUUGUCACUAAGAUUGAAGGGCAAGGCACAGGUACCUACAGUUGCAGCUAUUUUAUUCAGUCACACCCCGACAUCUGGUCACAUCACGGCAAACCUCUGAAGUCGGCGAGACCAACAGGCUUCCUCACCUGGAAUUCCAUUAUGAAUGAAGUGUUCAGGAUAUCCCUAUUUGUCCAGCUUAUCUCCUUGCUGUUGCUAGUGCUAUGGAUACAGUUGAGAUGUCGGAGAUUGAGAUUCAGAGAAAUCUGGUUGUUGGGAACAGCUCAAGGGGUCGCUAUGCUCUUCAUAUUCAUGGGUCUUCUUUGCUGUGGACUGUGCAAAGGGGCACUGGCAGAAGAGAUUGAAAUAAUCAUGCCAACUCCCAAGCCGGAACUGUGGGCAGAGACGAACUUCCCUCAGGCCCCGUGGAUGAACUUGACUAUUUGGUGCAGAAGCCCUUCUGGCUCAACUAAGGAGUUUGUGUUACUGAAGGACGGGACCGGGUGGAUUGCAACUCGCCCGGCCUCGGAGCAGGUCCGGGCUGCCUUCCCCCUUGGCGCCCUGACCCACAGUCACACCGGGAGUUACCAUUGCCAUUCAUGGGAGGAGAUGGCUGUGUCGGAGCCUAGUGAAGCACUUGAACUAGUAGGAACAGACAUCCUUCCCAAACCUGUCAUUUCGGCUUCCCUCCCAGUCCGGGGCCAGGAACUGCAGAUCCGGUGCAAAGGAUGGCUGGAGGGUUUAGGGUUUGCUCUGUUUAAGAAGGGAGAGCAGGAACCUGUCCAGCAACUUGGUGCUGUUGGAAGAGAAGCCUUCUUUACAAUUCAAAGAAUGGAGUAUAAAGACCAGGGCAAUUACAGCUGCCGCACACACACCGAAAUGCAGCCCUUCAAGUGGUCUGAGCCCAGUGAGCCCCUGGAGCUUGUCAUAAAAGAAACAUACCCCAAGCCUUUCUUCAAGGCAUGGGCCAGCCCUGUGGUCGCUCCUGGUGCCCGAGUGACUUUCAAUUGUUCCACCUCUCAUGAGCACAUGAGCUUUAUUCUUUACAAGGAUGAUACUGAAAUUGCAUCCAGCGACCCAGUCCAGCCUGGGUCUAGUGCAGCUCACUUUCUGAUCAUUUCAGUGGGCAUUGGUGAUGGAGGGAACUACAGCUGCCGUUAUUAUGACUUUUCCAUCUGGUCAGAGCCCAGUGACCCAGUGGAGCUCAUUGUGACAGAAUUCUACCCCAAACCUACUCUCUUGGCACAACCUGGCCCUGUCGUACUUCCUGGGAAGAAUGUGACAUUGCGCUGCCAAGGAAUUUUCCAGGCCAUGAGGUUUGCCCUCUUACAGGAGGGGAACCAUGCUCCCAUACAGUUCCAGAGUGCUUCGGGGACCUCAGUUGACUUCCUCCUCCAAACCGUUGGAGCAGAGGACUCUGGGAACUACAGCUGUAUCUACUAUGAGACAACCAUGUCCAACAGGGGCUCAUACCCUAGUAUACCCCUUAUGAUCUGGGUGACUGAUACAUUCCCCAGACCAUGGUUGUCUGCUGAGCCUAGUUCUGUGGUUACUAUGGGACAAAAUGUUACACUUUUGUGCCAAGGACCAGUCCGUGGAGUUGGGUACAUUUUGCACAAAGAAGGAAAAGCCACUUCAAUGCAGCUUUGGGGGUCCACCAGCAAUGAAGGAGCAUUCCCUAUCACCAAUAUAUCUGGUGCAAGCAUAGGUCGUUACAGCUGCUGUUACCACCCUGACUGGAUUAGCUCUAUCAAGAUACAGCCUAGCAACACGCUGGAACUCAUGGUCACAGGUUUACUCCCUAAACCCAGCCUGUUAGUUCAACCAGGCCCCAUGGUAGCCCCUGGAGAAAACAUGACUCUUCAAUGUCAAGGGGAGCUGCCAGAUUCAACGUUUGUCCUUUUGAAAGAGGGGAAGCAACAACCGUUAGAGCAGCAGAGGCCAAGUGGGUACAGAGCUGACUUCUGGAUGCCAGUGGUGAGGGAUCAAGAUUCUGGUGUCUACAGCUGUGUUUAUUAUCUGGAUUCUGCUCCCCUUGCGGCUUCAAACCAUAGCAACUCUCUAGAGAUCUGGGUAACCGAUAAGCCCCCUAAGCCCUCUCUGUCAGCCUGGCCCAGCACUGUGUUUAAACUAGGGAAGGACAUUACCCUUCAGUGCCGAGGACCCCUACCAGGAGUUGAAUUUGUGCUGGAGCAUGAUGGAGAAGAAGCCCCCCAACAGUUCUCCGAGGAUGGGGACUUUGUCAUCAACAACCUGGAAGGGAAAGGCAUUGGAAACUACAGCUGCAGCUACCGUCUGCAGGCCUACCCCGACAUCUGGUCAGAGCCCAGUGAUGCCCUGGAGCUGGUUGGAGCAGCAGGGCCUGUUGCUCAAGAGUGCACCGUGGGUAACAUUGUCCGAAGCACCCUGAUUGUGGUGGUUGUGGUAGCCUUGGGGAUAGUGCUAGCCGUAGAGUGGAAGAAGUGGCCUCGACUUCGAACUAGGGGCUCUGAGACAGAUGGAAGAGACCAGACCGUAGUCCUUGAAGAGUGUAACCAAGAAGGAGAAGCAGGCACCACCGCCAAUUCUCCUUCAUCUGCCACUCCGGAAAUCUCCGUGGAACUGACAGUCCCAAUAUAAUUACCCACCCUUUACAAGAGCUUUCCUCUCCUUUCUUUUCCCUGUAGAGACCUGGAAAUCCAACG